AUGAUGGACAAGUUCCGGAUGAUCUUCCAGUUCCUGCAAUCCAACCAGGAGUCCUUCAUGAACGGCAUCUGCGGCAUCAUGGCACUGGCCAGCGCCCAGAUGUACUCGGCCUUCGACUUCAACUGCCCCUGCCUGCCAGGCUACAACGCGGCCUACAGCGCGGGCAUCCUGCUGGCACCGCCCCUGGUGCUCUUCCUGCUCGGCCUGGCCAUGAACAACAACGUGUCCAUGCUGGCCGAGGAGUGGAAGCGGCCGGCCGGCCAGCGCGCCAAGGACCCGGCCGUGCUGCGCUACAUGUUCUGCUCCAUGGCCCAGCGCGCCCUCAUCGCGCCUGUCGUCUGGGUGGCCGUCACCCUGCUGGAUGGCAAGUGCUUCCUCUGUGCCUUCUGCACAGCCGUGCCUGUGGCUGCGCUGGGUAACGGCAGCCUGGUGCCCGGCCUGGCCCCUCCCGAGCUCGCCCGCCUGUUGGCCCGGGUGCCCUGCCCCGAGAUCUACGAUGGCGACUGGCUGCUGGCCCGUGAGGUGGCUGUACGCUACCUGCGCUGCAUCUCCCAGGCACUGGGCUGGUCCUUCGUGCUGCUGACCACACUGCUGGCCUUCAUGGUGCGCUCUGUACGCCCCUGCUUCACGCAGGCCGCCUUCCUCAAGAGCAAGUACUGGUCCCACUACAUCGACAUAGAGCGCAAGCUCUUUGAUGAGACCUGCACAGAGCAUGCCAAGGCUUUUGCCAAGGUCUGCAUCCAGCAGUUCUUUGAGGCCGUGAACCAUGACCUGGAGCUGGGUCACGCCCAUGGGGCACUGGCCAUGGCCUCCACUGCCCCAGACACCACUGAUGGCACCGAGGAAGAGAGGGAGAAGCUGCGUGGCAUCACUGACCAAGGCACCAUGAACAGGCUGCUUACGAGCUGGCAUAAAUGCAAGCCACCCCUGCGGCUGGGCCAGCAGGAGCUGCUGAUGGACAAUGGCUGGGCCGGGGGCGGGCCCCGGCCUCCGCGCAAAGAGGUGGCCACCUACUUCAGCAAAGUGUGA